AUGGCGGAAUCUCUGAGGAACUCCGGUUCUUCAAACCCGCCAUCUGUUUCCCCGCUUCCUCCUGCUCCCCCUCCCUUGCCGCCGCAAAAAUAUGCCAUCAAGGCUACCAGCGCGCUCGCGCGAUUUGCGCAUCCGUUCUUUUACGGGUCGCGUCCACCAAGCCCCCAACAGGGCUCGACGCGCGUGACCUCAGCUAUAUCACCCGGCUUAAAGCACUCAGCUUCCGUGCCUGGGGCAUCACCUGUGCUUUCCCACAAAACCGGCAUUCCCCUCGCUGCCCUCGAUGUCUCACCCCAGCGCACCCAUGCCGUCCUGGCCGGUAGGGAAAUCCUAAGGACAAUCAAGGUCACUUCUGAUCAUUGCUCUGAGGACACUAAUAUCCGCUCCGCGAUUAUCGGAUACUCUGCAGCUCAUAAUGCGUCACCCGCGGCUUUAGCAUCUAAGUUCAAGGAUCAGCUGUCGGCAAAGGACGUUAAGUGGUCCCAUGGGGAGUAUAGCACGGUUAUUGCAACAGCCGCCACUAACGGCCGAAUCGCCAUUUUUGACCUCAAUCGCGCCGGCGUGGAGUUGGGCCGUUUUCAUGAACAUAUGCGACAGGUCCAUCGGCUGGCGUUCAAUCCACAUCGUGGCGCAUGGCUAUUGUCGGGAAGUCAAGAUGCAACCAUUCGUAUGUGGGAUCUACGCGUCUUCUCGGGGGCAAGAGGCGUUGUGAACUUUGGAAGCAAGCAUUGCUUCAAUGGCCAUAGUGAGGCUGUGCGGGAUAUCAGGUGGUCGCCUGCGGAUGGCGUGGAAUUUGCCACAGCCACGGAUAGUGGUGCAAUCCAACGGUGGGACGUGCGCAAAGAAAACGCUCCUCUAAUGAAAAUUAAUGCCCAUGAGAAAGCGUGCUCCGCCAUUGAUUGGCAUCCAGAUGGUAAACACCUGGUUAGUGCCAGCGCGGACCGUCUCAUCAAAGUUUGGGACUUUUCGUUAUCGGAUAGAAGGCAGAAGCCUUGUUUUCAGCUUCGAGCACCCCAAUCAGUUAUGAAUGCCAGAUGGCGCCCAGCUUCAUGGACAGGAAAUGAUCAAGUCGGAGAUUGGCAGUCAACUCAAGUGGUAACCUCCUAUGAUCAGGAAGAUCCCCGCAUUCAUUUAUGGGAUCUUCGCAGGCCUCACAUUCCAUUUAGAGAGUUUGACCACCACAAUCGCUCCGUAACGGAUCUUCUUUGGUUUUCAAGCGAUUUGCUGUGGUCCGUCAACGGUGAGGGAGUAUUCACACGGGCUGAUAUGAACCAUGCACCCCAAGUAAUCCAGCGGCGUAGACCUUGCGCUAUGGCUUGGAACCCAAAUGGUGGACUUGCAUUCACUCGUCAGAGACCUAGGUGCCAACUACAGAGUACCAAUUUUGGAAUCGAAGAAUUUCUGGAGCGGGGUUCGCAACCUGGAGCUAAUGAUAAAAAUGCUAGCUUCCCUGAUGAUGCCACUGAUGAACCUCCAACGAAUCGUAAGCGAUCUAAUAGAAUUCCGUACGCCAGGUUAUCUAAGUCUCUUAGCGGCACCUCCUCGAUUUCAGAGGACGACAUCCCGCAGGUGGUACCUCUUGAGAAGGCUGUUGCUAAAACCGGCGUUUAUAAACCAAUUGACACUGGCGUCAUUGGGAGCAUUCCUAGCGUCACUGUUGACCAAGAUAUUUUUACAUAUCUCGUCAAAAAUUAUUCACCACUAAUCACUAAUCAUUUUCCUGAAGGUGUCUCAGCAUCUGCCGUGGAUUCUUUCUUGGACAGUUUCGAGCAUAAUGCAAUACAAGCUGACUGUGCAGGUUUUUUUAAACUCGGUAGAACGUGGCGGGUUGCCAAAUAUGCAGUUUCUGUCGAAUUUGCUGCUCGAGCUCAUGAGCAGCAAACGGACAAAUCUACUGAUAUAUCGCAUUUACACGGCAAUGAGCACAUUGGUGAAAAGAUAUCUGCGAACAAGGAGUCUAUAACAGGCACAAUCUCGACUCAUUUAUUUGAGGACGAAACUGAUACCAAAUACCGAUCUCUUGCAACGCCUGAGAUUGAUGUAGAAUCUGAUAUUGCAACUCCUCUCGCCCGGCCUUUGCCUGAAGCAGCACCUGAUGAGUUUGGCGAUGAUGAUAAUGAAAAGGAAAAUUUCAAGCAGGAUUGGACCGAGCUUCCACCGCUACCACCAGCCGUGCUCCCAUCCAAAAAUUGGGUCUCGGAUCAUAAAAGACCCACUUCAGAUAACCGUCCAGAGAACAUUGAAGACGACGAACCAGAAAUUAAAGACGGGCUUCUCACGCCUAAACGCUUGUCACAUGAGCAUCUAAGAUGUUCUGACGCCGGUCAGAAUGAGUCAUAUACUGAUGGGCACAGGUCUGCACCCCGUACUAUCAACAGUCGUGGGACCUGGAGACACCAAGAGGACAGUGAUUUUGAACAUCAUAACAGUUCACCCAGCCAUGACUAUGGUAGGCAAUUGGAAGAGAAAAGUGACGUUCUGAAUGAUUAUGAAUCUUUGCCAAAGGGCGUAAUGCCACCCAAUACUCUAUCUCAUGGGGGCCCGCCCCCACAUCGCCCCAUACCAUACGCCCGCCAUGAUUCUGGUGAGAGCUUUUCAAUGUUCUCGGCUUCUACAGAUAGCUCUCACUAUACAGCAUAUCUUACUGAUAGGCCGUCAUCACCACAAAGAAAGUCCGAUAUCUCUCACCUGGGAGAUAGCCCUUGGUCAGCAGUUGAGGAGAGCUUGCUACAGAGCAUCCCAGAGCACGAGGAUGACUCCCCUUCCAAAAGUAGAGAAAGAAUUAACAGUGAUGCCUCUAUAAGCGAAAAGUCUUAUGAAGUUAUUCCCACAGAAGUACACAACAUACAUCUUGAUCGCCCUCUUGCACCCCUCCCAUUCUUAGCUGAAUCUGCGCCUAUUCCGGUUGCUAAAGAAUAUUUUUCCUUUGAAGGACUUUUUGCUUCACCAGCGACCCACCUAUUUCAAGACGGCAAGAAACCUACACAAUCAUACCCACCAUGGAGCCCACAAGCUGUAAUCAGAGAGGCAAUUAGGUACUAUGCGGCUAGUUCAACUGUUGACUUCGUCAGUGCUGUCCAUUUUCUGCACAAGCUGCAUGUUGUUUUUCGUUCUCUUGAUAAUAUCAUGCCAUAUGAGGAACGAGAGCUCAUUAUCCAAUCUUACCACGAUCAGCUUCUACGGCGUGAAAUGUACGUGGAGGCCGCUGAGAUCCGGCGUCAAUGCGUGCCAACAUAUCCGGCAGUAUACGAUUACGCUCUUAAAGACAUUUUUAUUAACGUCUAUUGUUUUCAAUGCAAUAAGCCAUACGACAAUCCAGUCCGCAAUAACCGGUUGUGUCAUCGAUGCAAUGUUGCACAACCGCCUUGCACAAUAUGCAUGAGCCGCACUCCGCCAGAGAAAUGGAUUAUGCAAGCAGCUGCUUUAAGUGAUAAUUCUAGCCAAAAGCCCAAAUACAGCUCCGUCUUACAGUCCCGUCCAGAAAGGAGCCCGGCUAGUAUUCCCCUUUCCGGUGCUCCAAUACUUCAUGGCCAUGCACCUGAACCCCGUCUUAAGGCGACUACCCGCACUGGCGGCUGGACUUUAUGGACUUGGUGCCAAGGUUGUGGACAUGUGAGGGUUGUUGCGCAACACCUGGCUGUGAUCAUGACUGCGGCCCAGGCCCCUUAA